AUGUCUGACGUGGCUCUGCGCGACAGGGUCUACUCGCCUGUCUUCAAGAGCGGCCAGUGCCGCUGGCGACUCAUCCUGCGCGCCAAGAGAAGUGACGGUGUGAAAGCGGCAUUUUCCAUCUUCCUCGAGGUGCCCGACGCGGCGACGCUGCCACAGGGCUGGACGCGGCACGCGGAGUUCAAACUCACCGUGCACAAUCAAAAGCCCUCGGGGAGAGUCACCAGACCAUACGCCUCCCAUCCGUUCAGCGCACGGAAGCCGAAUGUGGGCCACCCGGAGCUUGUGACGGUUGCGGAAGUCUGCGAGGCGGGCUCCGGCUAUGUGGUAGACGGCAAACUCGUGGUCUCUGUCAAGGUGCGCGCCCAGGCAGCGAGGCCGCCUUUCCUGUGGCGGCCGCGCCUCUGCACGCCCCUCCGAGACUGCUUCUCCUCGCCGGCCCGGCUGCGGUGGUGCAUCGAGACUUUUCCCGUGCUGCGGCCGCUCAUGUGCGAGACAGCGGCCGCCGUCGGGGAUCUGCACCUCUUCAAAAUGCUUCGCUGCUUGACCGAUGACGCAUGCCUGCUGCCUUGGGACGAGGGCACCGCGCGAGCCGCGGCGCGAGCCGGCCACCACGAGCUGCUCAAGCUCGCGCGCGGUGUCGGUUGCCCUUGGGAGGAGGAGCACAUGCUCGAGUACGCUGCAGAGAGCGGGUCGGUAGAGAUGGCUACAUGGCUGUACGACGAGGAGGGCAUCCGGUGGUCCGGCUAUGAGCCAGGAAUCGCCGCCGCGUGCGGGCACCUCCAUUUUCUGCAGUGGGCUCUGGAAGAGGGUGGUGCCGACUGGAACGCCGACAUGUACACGUGGCCGGCUGCCACGGGCCAGCUCGAUGUGCUACGCUGGCUGAAUGCGCCCCCGAGCCACCUGAGCGGAGACGGCGGCCCGCGUGGCUGGAGGUUCAAGGUCUGCUUGUAUGCGGCAGCGGGCGGUCAGUUGGAGGUGUUGCGAUGGGCGACGACAGUAGAAUCGGAGGAUGAUCCUGCUGGGACUGUCUUCUUCACAACGUGA